CUUCACCAUGCCGAGGAAGAAGCCGAGGUUCCAUUCGCUGAAGAAGCUGAACGUCCGCCAGAACUGGUCACGAUGGUCAUUAUACGCUCUAUCACAACUUAAGGCUCCAAACGUCGUCAGUCGAACGUAUUUCCAGCAAAAAUGGACGGCCAAGGCAUCUACAAGAGCAUACCAUGGCGAACACAUACGAGAGAAGAAGUGGAAGCACAUGUUCAAGCGGAACCUGCCAGCGGUAGUGGCCAUGGACCAUAGAUAUCUUGCCCGGCACGAUGGUUCAGAACAGGCGGCUGGACGAGGAAUGGGUGCAGAUUCGCCGGACAAGGCGAGGACACCACCAAUGACACCAUACAUGCAAAUGGCAUACUACCCAUUGGAGAGGAGAUUGGACACAGCCAUCUUCCGGGCGCUGUUCGCAAGCAGUGUCCGACAGGCCAGGCAAUUCGUUGUCCACGGCUUAGUCAAGGUCAAUGGCAAGAAGAUGGUCUACCCCGGUUACGCACUCAACCCAGGCGACAUGUUCCAAGUCGAGCCCUCCUCCGUCAUGUUCGCAACUGGUGCCCCAAAAGAACGCUCAUCGACUGCACGUCGUAUCGCUAAAGAAAAGGCCGCCGCCCGUGCCGAAGCCCGCGAGCAAAGUGGUGGACAGACGCCUAAGCAACAGAAAGAUGACGACAUCGUCAUCUCCUCGUCCACACGCGAAGAACCCACACCCACCGAGCUGAAGAAGCAGCUACAGGACUUGAUGGAGCAAGUUGACGGUGUCCUUGCCGAAGACGUCAAAGCCAAAGACAAGCAAAAGUUCCGAGCUUUCCGCCAGAGCGUUAAGAAAGCAAUAAGUCUAUGGCGCACCGCAAACCCAGAGACCAUCUCCACACUCGACACACAAUUCGAAUUCCUCAAACACCAAAUCGCCGAGCGCUCCGCUGCCCUUACAUCGUCCUCUCCUAAAGACGCGUCUAUCGCCGAACCCCUCAUCUCAGAAGAAGACCAAGCGCGUCUCCGCUCCGCCUUCGAGAAACUCAGACUAGAAACUGAACACACAUCGGCGUGGAACAGGCGGGAUGCUCAAGCGCCUUACGCGACGCCAUGGCGGCCUAGGGACUACAUGAGCGCGUUUGCCUUUAUCCCGCGGUAUCUCGAGGUCAACCAGAACAUCUGCGCUGCUGUGUACCUGAGACACCCGGUCGCCAGACCGGGUUUGGCUGAGGUACCGACGCCGUUCCACAUUGAGACAGGUCAGUUGGCGUUCAACUGGUACCUGCGGAACCGGUAAAGCGGGCGAUUGUGGGGAACGUACUUGUACAUUAUGUAGAUAGGCCGCUCAGAGCGGAGCUGAAUUACAAUUGUAUAACAUAACCGCC